GGCCAGAGACAGCGGAUGGACGACGCAGAGAGGGACGACAUUCAGGACGCCCUCGAUGAGGAGGAGGGCCGCGAGGGUGGGGCCAGGGAGGGGGCGGUUGCAGACGAGGCAGACGAGGCAGUCGGAGAGCCUAACCUGCCAGGGGAGGAGGUGGUGAUGACGUCGAGAGGCGUCGGUGGAGUGGGUCCUGCUACUAGGGUGCCGCGAGGUGAGGUGGACCGCGCGAGGAGGGAGAAGAGGACAGUGGGGCAGGCUGGCAUCGAGGUGCCGGACACGGGCAGGGAGAAGAGGGCUCGACAGACCACGAUUGUCGAGAUGUACGCCAGGGAGAAGUUGGCCGAGUUCCAUGACGCGUGGCUUCAGUGGAUCUACGUCAAGAAGUUUCCAUUCAACGCCUUCCGUGGUCCGGAGUUCCAGAGGGUGCGGCAGACAGCAGAGAGAGUGCCUCGCUCUAUCCAGUUCCGGUUUCCCUCCUUCAGAGUUAUAGCGGGGGCCGGUAUCCCUUCGCAGAGGGCGAAGGUGGCGACGAUGACGACCACCGAGGACCGCCUUGUGGUCGAGGAGUGCGACAGAUUUCUCCUGGCGCAGACCGGCGGCGAUCCGAUCGGGUUAUUGUACAGGACCGUGAGGGACCAGAUGAGGGCGUUCCACUCGAGGCGAGGGGAUUGGGGAGAUCGUGAACUCUCCGAUGCCGAGGCGGCAGAUUGCAGGGGGGACAGCGAGACCGAGCGGUGUGCAGCGUGGUGGUUCGAGUCUGGACGUGCCCACCCGGAGUUGCGCACCAUCGCCAUCAGUGUCAUGCACUUGUGGACGUCUGCCUCUCCAGCGGAGAGGAACUGGGCAGAGCACGAGUGCGUCAGCACGGCGAGGCGCUGCAAGCUUGGGUUCGCCAAGCUUGCACAGCUGGUUGAGAUUGCCACCAAUCUCAAACUGGAGCCGUGCGCACGUGUUCACGAGCAAGAGAUCCAGCGGCAGAUUGUUGCUUUCCGUGACAGCCGACCGUCCAGAGCCCGUUCGGUUCGGGACGUGUUCGGCAACAGAGCGACGGAGCUGCGACCGUGGCCGAAGGGUAGGGAUGAUAUGGACGCUGGUGUGGCAAACGACGACAUCGCCGACGACUGGACUUACGAUGAUGACACGCCGCUGAGUCACGACCCGACGGCUGAGCGAGUGUACUUUACUUACGGUGGGGGUCGUGAUGACACAGAUUCAUUCACAUCAGUUAUCACUGGUGUUGUGCCGUCGACCGCGCCGGCGAGUGGUAGCAGCAGAGCCGGCGGUGGUCAUGGAGGACGUUCGCAUGCGGAGGUUCGCGUGCACGACUCGGAGGAGCAGCAGCCACAGGGAGGUCUUCGGCACACAGGCAGGUGUUGGGAGGUUAGGAGCGACAGUGAGGCGGAGGGGGAGGCCGAGGAUGAGGACGUGCACCUUCGCGAUCGUCGCUUCUCUCCCUCCCAUCAUCCGAUCUCUGCACAGCCCGAGGGGGAGCCACUUAGGCGUUCGGAGAGGUUGGCGUCGGCAGCAGGCAGAGACCGGACACAUGACGGCAAGGAUCGUGGGGGGGAGAGGACUCCUUUCGACGCCGAUUUGAGUGUCGAGGGACGUCGACGUGCCUCACCACAGGAUGUGCGCACAGACGCGGAAGUUGAGCGGGGCCCUGUUGAGACUGAGGAGGAGAGGCAUGCCCGUUUGGACCGAGAGGAGGAGGAGCGGCUGAGGAGUUUGCCACGGUGGGAGGGUCGGUUCGCGUAUCUCGACGAGCAGCGUCGGCAGAGGGACUUGGAGACAGGAGGGGAGGGGAGCCGUGACGUCGACGACUCGGGUGUCCCUGAGGAGGCGAUUCAGGGCGAGUUUGAUUAUGAGGGGCAGGAUGUUGUCAUGGGCGGUGGGUCCCCUAGUGGGGGCCGUGGCGACAGCGAGACCGCGGGUGAUGAGGGACAGGGUGCCGUAGCGAGCGACAGAGGAGAGGGUGGACCCGGUGGAGAUGGGGAUACCGCAGGUGCCGGUGGAGACGAUGGACCAGACGGCGACGAUGACGACGACCACGGUUCGGAGGAUGAUCCAGAUAGGCUUGCCUUGGUGUUGAGGGACCCCACAGUGCCUCCCAUGCGCCCUGAUGGCACAGCGCACACUUUCUUCGACGUCGACACUUUGGCGCAUGCGUUGACGGAUGACCCUUUCGCACACAUGGGCCGCAAGAGUGGCAAGCAGCGGGCCCCUGGGAGGGUAUAUUCACCGCUGCCGUUCACAGUGCAGAGCCCUCAAUGGUCGGGUUCGUCGCUCAGGGGCGUUAGAGGGAGGGAGUCCGGUGCGGGUGAGGUGGGGUCCGGCAGACGCAGCGACGGCGACAGAGAUAGUGCAGGAUCGAUGCCUCCACCGCCCGCACGGACUCCGGAGGGCAGGGUCGACACCGAGGACCGGACGGUAGCACCUGGAGUUGCGCACAGUGGCGGUUCCCCGCCGCCAGUCCGAGGAGGUGUGGGUGGCGGAUGGUCAGCUGUUCGUCGGGUCACGGACCGGUUGCGGGUGGAUUACGACACCGGGAGGGGCGUCUUCACAGGACGUGCGCCUGCUCAGACGCAGACUGCGGAGGGCGGGUCCGGACGUCCGAGCCGGCAGAUGGCAGGUCGCAUGCUUGGUUUGUCACGAGCGGAGACGAGGAGGACAUUGGUCCUUGAGGCCCCAGGGACAUCCACGGACAGGCUGCGGGGAGAGCAGUUCACAUCGGGCGAGGAGGGGUUGUUGAUGCGUCCCGGGACGAGACGACAGCAUGGCCUCUCAGAGGUUGAGGCUCGACUCGCUGUAGGGGUCGCCGCUGGGCAGGCAGUGUUGGACGCGAUUCAAAGGGAGAGAGAGGGGGGGAUUGCUGCACAGGCGGAGGAGGACGAGGACACAGACACUUAGUCCGAGCCGAUCGAGACUGAGGCCCGCACAGGUGGCCGCGGCGGCCGCUGCAGCACAUGUGGCAUACGUCAGUGGGGCACGGGGCACAAGUGCC